AUGACAUUCAAACUCAUUCUUCUUCGGCACGGCCAGAGUACCUGGAAUGCAUCCAAUCUGUUUACUGGAUGGGUCGACGUUCCAUUGUCGAACAAAGGGCUUCAAGAAGCCCGGAAUGCCGGUUUAUGCUUAGCUGAGUCGGGGAUUUUGCCAGAGGUCCUCCACACCUCGUUUUUGCGCCGCGCCAUCAAUACUGCGAGCAUUGCUCUUGAUGUUGCUGAUCGGCACUGGAUUCCCGUCAAACGUAGCUGGUGUCUCAAUGAGCGGCAUUACGGGAGACUACAGGGCGAAAACAAAGACAACGCAGCAGAUACGUUCGGUGCUGAGCAGGUCAGACUCUGGCGGCGAUCGUACGACGUGUCACCUCCAGCCAUUCAAGACGAUUUUGACACACGACCGCUUGAGCCACGCUACUAUGUGAACGGAUCAUAUGUCAUUCCCGAAACAGAAUGCCUUCGCGAUGUGAUGGAACGAAUGGGGCCCUAUUGGCUAUCUGACAUUGUACCGGAUUUGAAAAGUGGUCAGACGGUACUCAUCGUUGCCCAUGGAAAUUCACUACGCGCACUCAUUAAAUUAUUGGAUAACCUCAGUGACAAGGAGAUGUUGGAGAAGGAGAUACCAACUGGAAUUCCGAUUUUUUACGAGCUCGGCCACGAAUUCAAGUCUACUAUUCGGGGAGGAAAGCUACUGAAUUGA